UAAAAACGUGUGAUAAAAUUCUCAGUGAUUGUUGCAGUUGAUUUGAUGUCAGAUAGGAAGUUUUAGAAAAAUGUUUCGGACCAAGCAUAAGUUAUAAAAAAAACCACGUCUAAAUAAACGGAAAUAACGUCCGUUACUAAAACACCAUAUUUUUUUAUUCCUAGUAAAUUAUAAGUUCUGUAAAUUAAACCUGGAUUGAAGAUGUCGACUAGGAGAGCGAGAAUAAAAGCUGUAGCGGCACUUCCGCCUCGUAGGAAAAAUGCUGAAAACUCGGAGAAUAAGAAUCAACAAGGCCCAAGUACUAAUGAUCUUCAGAACGUUCCAAAAAGUCCAAAUGCUACUAAACAUGACAAUGUGGCAAAGACAUACCAGCGUGCUUCGGUUGCUAAUUCACCAUCGAAAUCUCCACAUAGUAGUGUGAUAACGCAGAAUACAGAUAGACAACCUCAUGUUAAUAGAGCUGCAACACCGGUUAACAAAGGGAACAUAACUCCUAAGCUAUCUGAUAGAGUGUCGGUAAUUACUUCUACUGCAGGGGUUAAAUCCGGUGUUUUUGCAUCUCCUCACGCUAAAAGUAGCCCUUUAAGGAAAUACAUACCGUCACCAGUGCUGGCUGCAAUGAAUACGGCUGAAGUAACUAAUAAAGCGGUUACUCCUGAAAAAAGUGAUGCAAAAAAGAAUAGUGAUAGUACAAAGUCUAGUGGGAAUAACAGUACUGAGAUUAUACAAAAGAUCAGUGAUUCUGAAAGUUCUACGAGUAAAAGUGGCACAAACACACAUAGAAGUGACAUUCCAGAUGAUUAUAGUGUACCAAGUGUACCUGAGAGUAUCACAGAAGAUCCUAUGGAUGGUAUUGUACCUCUACAGCCAGUUAGUGCACCAAAACCAAUAGCUUUGCUCAAAAAUGAGAUUAUAUCAGAAAAUGUGGAGGUUCUGUUUGAUCCCAUUGUACCUCUGCCUUCACCCAGCAAAGUGCGACCAAAGCUACGGCCCGUGCCUCGAUUGGGGCCCCUAAGAAGGAACAGUGUGCAGGGGAGUGCGAGUGAGUCUGAAGAUGAAAGUCGUCGUUCGUUGCUGGGUCACAGAUCAGCGACGCCGUUACCGAUGCGACAGCGACACGACUCUCACACCACGCAACACUCGAAUUUAAACCAAGACACAAAUAGAACGAGAAAUGAUUCAAUUUGUUCUGUCGUCAGUCAACCGACCACUGCAAAUCCAGCUUUAUCUCCCACCAAAGAAAAGCAUUACCAAACAAAGACUCGAAGACAGGAGAUGAGUCGCCGUAUGGCCGCUAUGCGUCGGCGGCGGGAGACUGCCCAGCGCGAUACGAUGACCAUGUACGAUCUCAUAUUCCACAACCCCUCCACCAACCCUAUGAUUCCAGAUCAAGACGAAAUUAAAGCUCAAGAGGCGAAUAAAGCAUCACAGAAUCAGCCUGACGAGAGCGAAAAUGACGACCCGAACGAUCCGCCGUCGACGGGCGCGGCUCCCGUACCACAGAUCAAACUAGGACCCAACGGCGAAAUUAUACUGGACGAACAGAGUUUGGUGAUAAAGCAGUCGAACAACGGGCGUAAAGUGUCGAGCGAGGUCCGCGAGGGCGCGUGGAACGAGCGCUCGAGCGGCUACCGGCGCAGCGCGCGCACCGCCGACUGGACGCACGACGAGACCGUGCGCUUCUACCGCGCGCUCGCCGCCAUCGGGACAGACUUCACGCUCAUGGAGCCCCUGUUCCCGGGCAGGACCAGGCGAGACCUCAAGCUCAAGUUUAAAAAAGAAGAGAAACUGAAUAUAGCCCAAGUCGACAAAGCUUUAAGAUCUCGCGUUGAAUGGGACGCUAUGGGGCUUCACGAAGAGUUUAAGGAGGAACGAGCAGAGGCCGCUAAAAGAGAAGAAGAGGCAAAACAGCGACUGGAGAAGCAGAAGAAAGAGAGGCAGGAAAGAAACAAAGAACUACGGGGAUAUAGACAGAGUAUGAGCAAAAAACUGUUGGAGUCGUCAGUCCUGCGAUGCGAUUUGAGCAACGUAGAUCACACGGCGGACGACAUAAUAGCUAGAGCGUCCGAGUUCAAGUCGCAAAAGAAACGUAGACCAAAAAAAUCUAUCGGUCAAAAACCAAAACCUGAGCCGGGACCUGGUUCGACAUCGUCCCUGGCAACCCUGUCUGUGAGAAACAAUAGAAAAACACAAGAAUCAAAGAACAGCGUCAGCGACAUGGCCGUCAUAACGAAAAUAGAUCCAAAACCGGCCAAUAUGUUGUUGGAUAAUAUUAGCAAUCCUUCAAUGCCGUCGAACAUUGAGACAGGAUCGUUAGUCGUGUUGACGGUCAACGACCCCAAUUCGCCGACAAAGAAAAUGUUGCAAACCUACAUAGCGCGGGAGAAAGGGAAGCUUUUGCCUGUCGAUUUACCUCCUUCACUAUUGAACUCUGUAGUCGGUUACGUAAGAAAAGAAACAACGGACAGUAACGCGUCUAUGGUGUCUUCGCCUAUGACGUCGGCCUCGCCGAACAGUGUUGCCAGUAUGGAUAGCAGAAUCAGUGUUACUCCAUUACAGGUAAACCCAAGUCCAAAUAAGCGACAAAGGAAAAAUUCAUAUACAAUUACGCCUCUCUAGCAGCUCAUAAUGUAAUAGUGCAUAAUAAUAUUUAGAGUAAACUUGUGUACAAUAAGUACAAUAUAUUUUAAGAUGUAAAUGUUGAAACCGAUUUGAUCCAUUGCCAAAUGAUUUUUUAUUAUUACGUACACAAAGUGCAAAAACGUUUAGCUAUUCGGUGAAGUUACACCAAAAUAAUAGAUCUUGACAAUUACAAUGGUCGAAUCGAAAUUAUGAUCUCAAAUAUAUUAUUUAUUUAUUUACUAAAAAGAUGUUACUCGUACUUUUUACGCAAAAUGUUUCAAGAAUAUUAGAGUACAUAAUAUUCCAAUGUUAAGCUAGUUGAUAUGCUACUAGAAUGUAAUCAAUUAAAAAUAGAAUGUGAUACCGAAGGUAAUUUAAUUUUUUUAAAUACCCAAUGUUAACUAACUUCUAUUAGGAAGUUCUCAAUGCGAGAAGUU